CCUCGCCGAGAUGAGCGGUGGCAGCGGCGGCGGCGGAAACAACGCCGGGAACCAGGGUAACGGUAAUGCCACCAGCUACCAUCAGCAUCAGCAGCAACAGCAACAACAGCAACAGCAACAACAACAGCAGCAGCAACAACAGCAACAACAAACACAGCUGGAGCAGGCUAGCUUGCUGCCAGAUCUAAACGGGAUUGACCUGGCGAUGAGCCUGUCCCCCAAACAGCAUUCGUCCCACGUACAAACCGCUGGUGGCGCUCAUACGACUCCGUUCAGUGUCACCGACAUCCUGUCCCCCAUCGACGAGUCGUACAGGAAACUCGAGUUGGCGAUCGGCGUCGGCGUGGUCACGCAUCCUCAGGUCUCGCCUUACGGCAACGCGUGCGGCGCCCGAGUGGGCGGCAAUACCGGUAGCUCGAGCGCGAGCAGCGGCAGUCCACCGCUUCACGGAGGCUCGACGCCCGGUGGCGGCACUCCCGGACCGGUUUCCGGUGCGAACGACGCCGCCGGUGGAGGCAGCAGCGCUGCCGGUCCCGGCAUGACCGCCAUGGGCAAUCCUUACGCCACCAUGCAGCUCACCUCACAGUAUCAGUAUUGCGCGGCCGAGUUGUCCCCGUAUCAUCACGGGGGCCCCGGGGUCGCCGGAGGUGCCACCGCCACCGACCCAAUGAGGUCUCAUCAUCCCUGGUACGCGCCCGCUCCGCCGGCCACCAACGACCCAAGGUUUGCCAUCUCGCGGCUGAUGGGCGCCGCGGCGGCGGGCGCCGGGUCCAACAUGGCCGGUUGCUCGGUGGGCCAGUCAAUGGGCGACGUGACGAAAUCGUCGGGCAUGGGGAUGGGCGUCGGCGUCGGCGUCGGCGUUGGCAUGGGCGUCAGCGCGAUGCAAUUCCCCCACCUGCCACAGAGACGAAAGCGUCGCGUUCUGUUCACUCAGCACCAGGUUCACGAGCUUGAGAGGCGGUUCAAGCAGCAGAAAUACCUGAGCGCGCCUGAACGGGAACACCUAGCCUCCCUGAUCAAUCUCACCCCCACUCAGGUGAAAAUAUGGUUUCAAAAUCAUCGAUACAAGUGCAAGAGGCAAGCCAAGGAGAAACAGAUGGCGGAACAGAACGCUCAGAACCAGAGCGCGAGUUCGCCGCGUCGGGUGGCUGUCCCGGUCCUGGUGAAGGAUGGUAAACCCUGCGGAAGCGGCGGCGGAGGCGGGAACGAGGGUAGCCGGGGCGGACCGAGCGCCGCGUUGGCGAGUCCAGCACCGCACAUGACGGCGGCGUCGAGUCCCCACGGGUCCCAUCACGCGGCGUCCUCGGUGUCCCAUCACUCGGUGGUCGGCGUGAGUCACGUGAUGACGUCCAGCCAGAGUCUACAGCAUUGCUCGUACACGAGGGCGGGGGCGCAGCAGAGCAUGCAGCAGCAACAGCAGCCGCAGUGCGGCGCGUACCUGCCGUUCCAAGGCCGGGCCUGGUAG